CUACAGGCCCCCUUUUCAUUUGAGUAAUUACCGGGGAAAUUCAAGAGGGGAAACAAAGCAAAAAGCCAAAACUCUAACAACAAGGAGAGUGUGUUACCCAUUGUUCACCAUCCGUUUGCCUAUAUAAUUCCCUGCUGUGUUCUUCUUCCCAUGUGCGUUUUGGUUAUUCUUUUACUCCACGCCAAUGGUUUCUCGGACAAAGAUACAACGAAGGCGGAACAGUAAAGGCGGCCGCUGGACUCCUGAGUUACUAAAGGAACUCUAUGAUUCCCGGAACACAGACAGUCAUCUUAGCUGGAAAGAAUUUCAUCAGAAAAACCUUUUCCCCGGCCGCAGCAACUGGGCUCUCCAGAAGGCAUAUUCAACAUACAGACAAGAACUCAGACUUGAGCGAAGAGCCAAGAGAAUGCAUCCGGCUGCUUCCACUCCCAAGCCCAGCUUGUACACCCCAAAUACCCGUGUUCUGAAGCGUCCUUCACAGGCGGAGAAAGAUCCCAGGUUGCGCAAUCGAAAGCAGGCAAAGCUCUACACCUCGCCCAAGUAUAAUAAUUCCGCGCCACCGGGUACCAUAGCAGGUGUCCAGAACCCCAGCCCUGAUCCCUCCAGCGAUACGGACUCUGAUGACGGGGAUAUCCCGCCCAGCGGGCGUACAGAAAAAUUCCCCAAAUCGGCACAGCAGGCCAAAGCCAAUGGAAGCCACCAUGCUAGUCCGAGUACCUCAUCGACCGCACCCAGCCCCAGGGUUGCCCCUGCUACCGCGGAAAUAUCGGAAUCUCGCCCAGAACAACAGUCUCGCUCUGGGUCUCAGCCGACACACAAGAUUACCACCUUGCAUUAUGCCAACAAAGAGCCAAAGGCCAGUGCCCCGGAUUCGCCAGCUUCAGCCCAGAGUAAGAGAUCUACCCCCCAGGCCCAGCAGCCUGGUCGAGAAGAGACCAUGUCCGCACAAUCACUGGAUAUGGACCUGGUGAAGUUGGUUGAGACAGCCAAUUCUCUGGCGAGAAGGACUAAAAAGUCGGAGACCGAGCGUCAAGGGCUUGAAGCCAUCAAUAGCACGCUUCAGACCAUGUACAGCUCACUCCAGACCAAGAACAGCACACUUCAAAAGGACUUUGAUGCUUCCCAGGAGUUGCAUAACCAGCUUACCUCCUGUCAGGAGAUCAAGAUCGAACAACUCAAAACAGAGAAUCAACAGCUCUGUGAUGAGGUCGCCCGACUCCGUGAUGAAUCCUGCAGGGAGUGUCUCAAGAUGCGCGCGAUGUUGGUUACAAAAGAUGAAGAGCUGGCCAAAAAGGACGAAGAGUUGUUGACCCUCAAGGGCGAAUGGAACUCCAAGUUGGAAAUUGCGGUUAGAGACCUAAUGUUCUCUACUUGACUGAUUGCUUCAUGACUGUUUUGUGUGUAUCAUUCCUUUGUACCGAGAUUAAGAAGUUGAUGUUUAC